AUGGCGCUGCGCAACCUGGCCGCGAAGUUGCGGAUCCCCACCUCUGCUGCUGCCCGGCUCCCGUCGCCCCCCACCCCUGCUGCUUUCCGGCUCCCAUCGGACCCUAGCGUUCCGCCGCCGUCCGUUUCUCGGCUCGAGAGCGCCAGAGACUGGUACCAGUUCCAGCGGGCACGUUAUGAUGAUGUGACAAGAGAGUUUAGAAACUUCAGGCUUGAGGUUGUGUGGUCUGAAAGGGUGGCUAACCUGCUUGAUUUGGCUUACAAGGUGGGUUGUCCUAUUGUCGUUGGUGGUGUGGUCAUGAAAGGGAUUGCCUAUCGGGUGCUUGCCUAUCAGAAGAUGUGA